AUGGGGAAAUUCAUCAAGUCUGGCAAGGUUGUGUUGGUUUUAAGCGGGCGUUAUGCAGGCAAAAAAGCAGUGAUAGUGAAGAAUUACGACGAUGGUACCGCAGACAAGCCAUUCGGUCAUGCUCUUGUCGCUGGAAUUUCUCGCUAUCCACUUAAAGUGACGAAGAAAAUGGGCAAGAAGAAGACGGCCAAAAGAUCCAGAAUAAAGCCCUUCGUUAAAGUGUACAACUACAAUCAUCUCAUGCCCACCAGGUAUUUUUCGUACUUCAUUUUUAAAGCAAGUUGUUACGGUCGAUGUUUCACAAGACGAGAAAUAAUUCUACACUUUCUCCUUCUCCUAACAGUAACAAGUAUUGAUUUCCUUUGUGUUUUAUUCAAGCCUAAUUUGCAGCUGAUGUUAAACAGAAAGUGUUGUGCAGCAACAUUAUUGCAUAAAAGUUCAGACAAAACCCAUGGCUUCAUGGGUGUUUUCUGUACUUUUGAGUUUGUAGAUACAUGUGCUCUGCAAGCAGAGACCACUUAGCAUUACUUAGUAGGAUGUGGAAAGUAGCCUCUACUCGUAACUCGCUAGUCCACAAAUGUAGUCAAAUAAAUUAAAAACAACUGGUUUCUAUCUAGUCCUAGACCUAGACUGGUCUGGGAGUUGUAUCAGCUCAAUGUCUUGUUCCACCUGUACUAUUGCCCAGUGCACAGACUUAAGGGACGUAGAGAUACAAACAUUUUUAGUGACCUAUCACAAAUAAAAUGUGGCUGUAUCCCGUUGUUUUUCAUCCUUAAAAGACAGCGUUAUUUUAUUGAUAUCCUGUGGCGCUAUACGUUUCAAGCAGCUGAAAAGCUUUUCCAUUUUCUGAGACACUCAUUCAUGUCAGAAGAAAUUGAUCUAUCACACUGAGAAGAUGCAUAAAGGAAAACUUAGUAUUAUUUGUCAUAGUGAAACUUGUGUAUGUGUUAUAGCAAACAGGACCAUUGUUGGCAGAGGCUACUUUUUGCAAGACAGUAUAAAAUACAAAAACAUGGACUCUUCUUAUAGAGUGCAUAGCAGACAACAUUCUUAGUGUUUUUAAAUCAGGCAGAAAAAGCAAUCAUACAUGCAGUAGUUUCGUAAAGAACCAAUCACCAACAAAAAGCAUUGGCUUCCUUGCCCAGAGAAGUAGGCUACUUUAUUUCCUAACCUAAAGUAAUUAAAGAAAGAUUCUUUCAAAUCUUACAGUUGGUUGCUCUAUUCUAACCAACUGCCUGCUUCACUUUUAAAAUAUGUCAGGCUUUGACAGUUUUAAAAGCUGACAUCAUCAGUACUAGCCCUUCAUCAGAGUCAAGGGCCUGUACUAAAAAUGUCAGCAUUUUUGCCUCUUAAAUACAAUAGAACUGAAGUAUAUCAAAGUACUUUGGACCUGGUGAAAUAUGUUUGUUAUAUUAAAUGGGGUUUUGCUAUAUCAGAUCUAACCUGAGAAAAUGGCCAACAUUCUGCAACACCACCACUGGCUUCCCUUCAAAAUAAUGUCUGAGGAACUACUGCAGAAAUUUCAUACUGAUGGUGUCUCACUACCUAGAUCUUGGUAGUGCUAUUCUCAAUGAUCAUUCUGCAAAGCAAACUUGCUUCAACCAAUCAAAAGCACUACCCAUAUCUUGGAAGUAACACAUCAUCAGUAUGAAAUUCCUGCAGUCGUUCCUCAGACAUCAGGGUGAUUUAGCAACAGGAUGGGAACGUCAUUUGACAACAGGAAAGCGUGCAGAAAGAACUAGCCUUCGUAGCAAGCGUUUCCAUGCGGUUUAGGAGCAAAGACUAGGAACGAGAGUCAAAGACCAUGCGAAAAAUGGCGUGAGUGAAAGAGCAGGGAGGGGGUGGGGAAGAAAGGAAGGAAAUGCUUGCAGACAAACCCUGGGAUUUUGAAGACCGCCCACUUGGCCUGUCAUGCUUGAGUUCGCGCACCGACAUUUGAUGCUGUCAUCAGCUGUCAUAAUUGACGAAUAAAAUGUUUGGCUCUCAGUGGAGCGGAAAUGAACUUCAGAGGACGCGUAUGUGAACCCAAAAUAUGUAUAUUUUUUAUUUUGUAAUUCGUGGAUGGCAUUUAUGUUGAAUAUCAAUGAAUCCGAAUGAUCAAUACGGGCUUUGGACAUUUGUCUUUUUUAAUUCGUCUAACAGAACAGUCUAACAAUCACCAUCUGAGAGAAUUCAACAUCCCUCACAAAAAACACUAACAAGCUGGGCCCAGCCUGCCACAUUACAGGAAACCAUCGCAUUCGCGGAGAAAAGAAAAUCACUUUUAGUUAUUCAGAUCCAGGAGGCACUUAGAAUAAAUUAAACGACCUGAGACCUUUAUUUAGUCGCAAGAAGAACCUUAGGUUUCAAAAGAGGUCAAAGAAAAUACUCUUGCAUUGGAGGGCAAUCUUGCCGACCAGAAUAAACAACAACCACUGAAAAUUAAUAUACGUGUCACGUACCAUACCGUUCUCUCAGUAUGAAACACACCUUUGAUCGACACAUGUCAACAUUGUUUGACUAGCUGAGCCAAUCAGGUGCUGUGUUGGCUGGCGAAUGCAGGUUUUCAAAAUUGAGAGGUUUGUCUGCAAUCGUUUCCUUCCUUCCCCUCCCCCUCCCCCCACUUUCAUUUUUUGGCUCUUGUUUCAUUUCUCGUGCGGCCAAAACCAAGAAUCCCGUUCCUCGGUCUUUCUUUGCUCCCAAACAAAAUGGAAACGCUUGCUAUGCAGGCUAAGAAAGAACUAAAUAUGACUUCUGGCGCUCUAUUUGCUGCUCUGCCUUUGGUCAAGUCAGUAGCUUGAUUUGCGCAUGCCGUCAUCAACUGACAUUCCCGUUCUGUUGCUAAAUCAGCCUAUCAUUUUGUGGGGAAACUAGUGGUGAUAUUGCAAAAUGUUGGCUGUUUUCUCGGGCCACAUCAGAUCAUACCCUAUACUGUACAUCUUACUAGAAUAAAAAUUAUUAUUGGUGGAAAAUAUAUUGUUCAUUACAGCAGGGUCUUUGUUAUAUAGGGUUUGGUUAUAUUGAGUUACCACCAUAUUAUAUUACGUUAGUGGUAUUGAACUGGAGCAAGCCUGCACUAGAUGUUAAUAAAGUCAAACAUAUUGACAAUUAUUUGUGUGAAAAGAUUCCCCUUAUGAGCCUCAGCUGUGAUUUAGUUUCAGUUCAUGGCCCAAAGAAGUCUAUUUACCUUAUUAACUCAAUAUUCCCCUUUAGGUUGUAUGUUUUGUUUUCCUAGUGUAGAUCAUGUGAUGAUCUUAGGAAAUGUCUUUUUUGUGUGUUCUCAUUAUUUAUGCAUAUAUUUACACAUGAAUGAGAGAAAAUUGAAAGAAAUGGUUGUUUACCAUUGACCGGCACACGAGCAAACUAGUCAGAUCAAGGUUUGGGCAAAUGGUAAAUACAACUCAGGACAGGUAAAUUCUGUACAGGUUAAAGAAUUUGCCAUUUGCAAAAAAUCAGUCCCAUUUAGCGAAAAAACAUGGCUGCAAAACAUUAAAGCUGGUAUCAAGGAAACAGAACAUAGGUACCAACCAGUAAAAUGUAUGUGAACAGUUGAUAAACUAUGUCAUGAUUCAUGUUAACAUUUUAGAUACUCUGUGGAUGUUAAUCUUGACAAACAAGUCAUUAACAAAGAUGUCUUCAGAGAUCCAGCCUUGAAGCGAAAAGCCAAAAGGGAAGCUAAAAUGAAGCUUGAAGAAAGGUAAAUUCCUUGCAGCUUCUAUGUACAUGUUCUGAUUCAUUUUUAUCCAUGGUUGUAAUUUUAUUUACCUUUUUUUGACAUGACAGUGUAUUAUAGUUAGUUUAAAAUGAAACUGAAUGGAACACUUUCAAUUAUUGCAUAUUUUACUUGUCACGGGAGAUUUCAUUCAGUUAAUGAGUGAAAACUUUGAAUUGCCCUUUCGUCAUAAUUAUCUAACAUGGUUUCUAAGGGCCUGCUAGAAAUAAAGUGAAAACUGUAUUUGAAGAACCCAAUAUUAAGCAAAAACAGGCCCAGAGUUUGAUUUAGAGCUCACCAACUCACCUGAUGUGAAUGUUAAGCUUAAACCUUUAAAUAGAUUAUUACGCUGGCUUGCAUGUAGCAAAGAGCUAAUCAUGGCAAGGCAGACUACACAGAUAAUUUUGUACAUAAAUAUACAUACAUGUAUAAGAUAAAUAUAAAUAUAAGAUGGGACACCUUUGGGAAGGGAACUAAGUGUCCAUCUUUGAGAGAUGUCUGUCUUAUAGAAAGUCAAAUAGAGGGAGUAAAGAAAGGCAGGGACAAACUCUAGGUGUCCGUUUUACAGAGAGGUUUGUCUUAUAGAGGUGUACAUUAAGUGAAAGGUGGCUGUAUCACACGAGGUAUCAACUCAAACUGUAAAUCCUUUAUUCACCUCCCCAACCCCCCCCCCCCCCCUUCCCCUGGACUUAUUUAUUUCAAACACAUUUGAGGGGGAAAGGGGGUUAAUAGAGAUCGGGGGUUUAUUUGAGAGGGGGGGGGGGCUUAAUUAAUUUAGCGAAGACAAUGGUAUCAGUUCUCCGUAAAGAACUAGAAUGCAAAGUGGAAAAGCUCAACUGCAAUAAGUUAGAGGUCAUGCAACCGAGGAUCAAAAACAAAUCUUAACUUCCAACACAUGAAUAAACCAUCCUGGAUCAGUCCAAAUAAAGGUUUACAGUCAUGAUUAAUUAAUACAGUCUAUCAUUUAUUAGUGAAGACUAAUGAGGGGGAGGGGAGGGGGGGCUUAUCUUAGAGAGGGCUUAAUAGAGGAUUUAUGGUUGUUGCUGGUCACAACUUGGGAACAUUGGUUCACUGUUUGCACCCACUUUCGUUAUUCACCUACUUGUUAAAAUUUAAAACUGUUUUGUAUUUAUUUUCAGAUACAAGUCAGGCAAGAACAAGUGGUUUUUCCAGAAGUUGAGGUUCUAA